AUGUCUUCCGCCAUUACCAUCACCAAGAAGGAAACCGCCAAGGAGAAGGUAAAGAAAGCAAUAGACGAUGAGGAAUUUGAAGAGUUCCCAGUUCAAGAAUGGGCAGAGAAGGCUGCUGACGGAGAUGAUGAUGAAGUAAAUGUAUGGGAGGAUAACUGGGAUGAUGAAACUCAUGAAAGUGAUUUUUCCAAGCAGCUCAAGGAGGAGUUAGCGAAAAGUGGUCAAACUGCCUCGUAA